CCUGCGGCAGAGACCACGUGACAACACACAACCAAUAGCGAGAGGUUUUAAUAGGUGCAGGUGUCGAUGGCUGCGCCGUUUUCUCCGUACUUCUGAAUACUUUAUAACCUGCUUCUAAAAACACACACUUUAACGUAACACCUGGAAGUUAGGAGUGUAUCUCUUUUUGUAAACUGGACUGUCAAUGACAUGGCCGCCAUUUUUGUAGCAUUUACUUUGGUGAGUUCGUCUUGGUGGAGCACCUCUGGCCUCGCUCAUGGUCAAGAAUGUACUGAUGCGGCCCGUUUUGAGGAGCGUACACUCUACACGGGGCAACAGAAUCCUCCAUACCGCCUUAGUUGCUCCUUUCCCCAAACAAGUGGCGACCCACAGCCAAAGCCCACCUGGCUCAAGGACUGUCAGCCUCUUGGCGCCCAGCAGGGAAAUUCCUACCUUGAGUUUGCAAACAUCUCUCUGGAAGAUGGCGGGAAUUAUACCUGUUUUCAGCCCGGCAACAGUACAGCAUUAUUCACUGUGCGUCUCAUUGUUAAAGCAUCUAAGUGCAGCAGAGCUCCAGAGUUCCAGUUGAAUGAGGUUACGAGAAAGGUCUGGGCAAAGAUGGGAUCUACUGUGAAUCUAAAUUGCACCGCCCUACUUUCCUGGGACCCCAGCGACAAGCAAUGUGACUCCUCGCUGCAAUGGACAAAAGACGGGCAUCCUGUCAACCACUCCCUGCUUUUGCAAAACAACUCUUCAUGGUUUCUGGCUGGAGGUGAGCUGAUGAUGAGCAGUGUGCUGGUGGUCCACCUUAAGGCUUUAGAAGACUUUGGAAUGUACAUCUGCUCAUUGAGGAACUCUUCCUCUGCAUACAACCUGCUAAGAUCAAACAGCCCAAGCCACACCGCCGCCGUCACUGCGGCCUUCAUAAUACUCCUCCUGCUUGCCAUCGCAGCUGUCAUCUACACCAAGUGCCACCUAAACAUCAAACUGUGGUACCGCAACACUUACGGAGACUAUGAGAUAAAUGACGGCAAGUUGUACGACGCCUACAUCUCCUACGUGAACAAUGACUACGACAGGAAGUUCAUCAACUUUAUUCUCAAACCUCACCUGGAGAAUAAACAAGCGCAGAAGGUGCAUCUCAAUGAUAACGAUAUCCUGCCUGGUUUAGAACCUUCUGACGAGCUGCUAAUGAACAUCAGUCGCUCCCGGCGUCUUAUCGUGUUACUAUCUCACGCGUACCUCGAGCAGGACUGGUGCAGCAACGACUUCAGACGGGGCCUGCUGCACUUGUUAGAGCUGUGCCGGCAGCCCAUCGUUAUCAUGCUGGACGGUCAGCUAAAGCGCAUGAGGCCCGAGAUCAAGCAGCAGCUUACUGAGCACCAACACUGUCUCACCAUUCUCACAUGGAGGCAGAACUCUGUGACUCCCUCCUCCACGUUCUGGAAGGAGCUGGCUUUAGCCAUGCCUCGCAGGAUGGUUUUUCACAGUGAGGCAGCGGGGGACCCCCAAAUGGUAUUACAUGAUGACAAAGACCCCAUGCUGACCCUUGACCCUGACUAUCUGGAUUGCCGCUCUGACACCGACCCCGCUGGAGACCUGGGCGUGCGCCUCCCCGUGUACAAGGCUAUGACCUCAAAGGCCCCAGUUCUCCCGGUUAUAUCCAGCAAUGUGCGAGAACCCAGAAACUUAGAUUUAGACGUGUCGGACCUGGAAACACGCCAGUAUGGAGCCCGUUCAGACUUCUACUGCCUGGUCACUAAAGAGGACAUCUGACACUCAUCCGGCCUAUUUUACACUUUUGUGCAUUAGCUAAAUGUUAAUCUCUUUUUGCAUUUUUGAUAUGUAAAUUUAGGAAUGUAAUUAUCAUUUUCAGUCUUCAAUGUGGUCGAAGGUGAUGCUCAAUGCCCAGCAGAGGGCAGACUCGUGUCAGGGAAGACCAAAGUAUUGUCAGUCUUCAACAUAACAAGUGCAAAGUGCCUAAGACAACUCAACUGCAGGGCUUCAGUUUGCAACAUGAACACAACCUUUGUCCACGUGGGGCUCACACGUGGUCAGGUGAAAUAAGUUACUUGCCUGCUUGAGCAUUCAUGGAGUCAUUACGAGACUGAAGAGGGAGGCUCAAGAAAGGUGCAGCAGGGAAGGGCUGGAAUCGUUCCUGUCUGAGCAGGAGAAAAUAUGUAAACGGGGAGUGGUCGACAUAUCGGCCUGUAAAAGACUUACACAUGUACCUCACUUGGUUGGCAGAUCUAUUUCUUUAUUCAAUCAAAGCUGCACAUUAAGCAAACAACAUUUAAACAUUCUUUUCAAAAUGGACACCGGUCACCACAGUUGUCAGGACAAAAAUGAAGGUGAAGGUGUCAAAUUAUGUGAUGGAUCAGUUACAAAAAUAAAAACACAUGGAAACUUGUUAGGACUGCAUUCUUUCAGC